AUGGAAGAAGAACAAACUAUUUCAGAUAAUAACAUGGGAGAAAAACAAUAUGAGUUGGACGUUAACACACAGGAAAGAACAAAUAGUUUGGAUGGUAACAUAGAAGAAAAACAAUAUGAGUUGGACGUUAACACACAGCAAAUACAAAAUAAGUCGCAUAUUAUUAUAGAAGAAGAACAAACUAUUUCAGAUAAUAUCAUAGGAGAAAAACAUUAUGAGUUGGACGUUAACACACAGGAAAUUCAAAAUAAUUCGCAUAUUAUCGUAGUAGAAGAAGAAACUAUUUCAGAAACUAACAUGGAAGAAAACCAAUAUAAUUUGGACAACAUAGAAGAAAUACAGAAUAAUUCGGAUGUUAACAUGGAGGAUGAACAAGAUAUUCCAGAUGAUGAUAUGGAGGAAGAACAAAAUAAUAAUUUUGACAAUUUUUCAGAAGAUAGCGAUGAUUCCAUUAAAGAUCGAGACUUCGUUAUAUCGGAGUCUGGCAAGGGUUCUGAUUCAGAUAUUUCUGAAAUUGAAAUAACUGAAAACGAAGCUUCCGAAGAAUCUUCUGAAGAAGAUAAUCUACCUUUGACGAUAAUAAGAGAGAGGGUUCUUCAAAAAGAAAUAAAGCAUACCUUAGAAGAAAUUGUUGAGAAAGUUUCUACCAAAUUGAAUGGGGACAUGUAUACGAAGAAAGGAACUUUAAGAAAAAGAAAAAGGUAUGACACUUCUCCGGCAACAAGAACAAAGAUGCGACUAUCCAUCAAAAGACAAAAACAUUCUUUUGUUAAAGAAAAUUGUGGUGAAAAAUGUAGAAAGAAAUGUGUUCAAAAAAUCAGUGCACAACGACAGGAAGUAAUUAAUAGAGAAUUUUGGGACAUGACUGAAAAAGAGAGGCGUGCUUUUAUAUUACACAAAACAAGCACCACUGGUGUUAAAAGAAGAUCACAACCAGUGACUGCCGAGGGAUCUAGAAGAAAUAAAUCUGUUUCCUAUUAUUUACCCGACGAGACCGGAAAUAAUCAGCAGGUUUGUAAAAAGUUUAUUCUGGCAACGUUAGGAUAUGAACUGAAAAACGAUCGUGUCCUUAGAAAUAUCACCCUGCAAAAUGACAGGACAUCCAUUGUUCCAAAACAGGAUAAUCGGGGUAGAAAACAAAAACAAAAUAAGUUUGAUGAAACAUUGAUUGAACAACAUGUUGAAAGUUUUGGACCUACAAUUUCUCAUUAUAGACGAGAACAUGCUCCGUUGAGAAAAUACCUGCCAAGUGAUAUCACAAUAAGGGCAAUGCAUAAAAACUUUUUACAUCAGCAUCAAGUUAAUAUUUCUUAUGAACUCUACAGAAAAGUGGUGGCACGUAUGAACAUUUCAUUCUCAAAUUUGGGACAUGAAGAAUGUUUUGUUUGUGAAUCAUUUAGAAUCCACUGCAUGUCAACAGGGCAUCAAAAGAACGACAAUACCGAAGACUGUGAUGUGUGCACAUCAUUUCCAAAGCAUCGAGAUGGAUAUCGAAAUGCAAGGAAAGAGUAUAAACUAGACAGUGUCAAAAAGGAUGGUUUAUACGUUUCAGCAGAUCUCCAAAAGGUGAUUAUGCUUCCCAGGUGCGAGAUGUUUAAGGAAAUAAUCUUUAUGCCUAGAGUUAUUGCAUUCAACGAAACAUUUGUGCCUAUUGGAAAAUCGCAGGAAAAACCAUUCGCUGUCAUUUGGCACGAAGCUAUCUCAGGAAGAUCCAAAGACGAUAUUAUUUCAACCUUUUAUAAUUUCUUACUUUCUAUUAGGGAUGUAGAAAAUGUAACAAUAUGGUUGGAUAACUGUGCUGCGCAAAAUAAGAACUGGGGCCUCUUUUCAUUUCUAACUUACGUAAUUAAUUCAAACGAAAUUAAUUUAAAAGAAUUGAAUUUAAAAUAUUUUCAAUCCGGGCACACUUUUAUGUCCAGUGACGCUUUCCACCACCAAGUGGAAUUGGCUUUAAAAAAAAAGAAAAAAGUUUACGAUUUUAAAGACUUUAGCGAAUGUGUGGCAUCAGCGAAUUCUAAAAAAGUUAUUGUCAAAGAAAUGGAAAUUGAUAACUUUUAUACCUUUCCCGAUCUAACAUCACAAUAUAAAUUGAGUAAAAUAAAUCCCAGGCCUUAUCUGCAGGAUAUGGUUUUCGUUCAGUUUCAGAGGGGGCAAAGAAGUUUAAAAUUCAAAUCAUCUUUUUCUGAAGAUUUUCAAAAUCUAAAUUUUUUAUUACAAAAAUAUGAAAAAGGGUCCUUGCCUCAACCUAAAAAAAAAGUUACUGAAAGGGGGGUUUCCAAAGAAAGAAAAAACAAUAUCUUGAAUAAAAUUCAAGGUUUGGUUCCAGAAAACCGAUUAUUUUUCUGGCAAAAUCUUAAAGAAACAGAUCACGAAGUUGAUUUAGAAUAAUUAGAAUUAGGCGAUUAACCAAUUUAAUGUUAGGUUUAUUAUUACCUCACUAAUUAUGUUCAAUUUACAUUAUAUAUUAAAAAUAUAAUACAUAACUUUGACAGAUAUGACGAUUUUUAUUAGCAUAAUAAUACAUAAAACUAAAGCGAAAUGUCGUAACUGCAUUUUGCUCGCUCUGUGACCUUGAAAUACUCUGAAACUUAUAGAAAAAAUAGAACUCGAAAUUAUUUUUGUCAUGUUAUACACACAUAGUGCUCACUGUAGUUUAAAAGAAAAAACUCUAUUUUUCGUAAAAACACAUUUUUCUCACAUAAACAAAAUCUGCAGAUACGCCCUUCUUGCUUAGCAGGGCAGUAUUCAUGAAUAAAAUUUGAA